AUGGCAUCUUCUUCUGACAGUGGAGUGUCCAACACGAUCGGCCCUAUGGCCAUUACCUCGGAUGACGAGAUAGCCACGGACCCGGAGGUUUAUACCUUAGACACCAUGAGCACCGAUGAAGAUGAUUUUCAGCCUUUUGCCCUACUAGUCUUCGGAGACGACUUGCCCUUAGCUGAUGGUUCACCGGGAGAGGAUCUGCCCCUUGUCCCGAUCGCUGCCCCUCUCUCAUUUGCAGCAGUUCCUUUGGAGGAACAGCCUCUCGACGCAUUACCCGAUGGCGACAUCGAUCUACUCAUCGAGGGUCCCCCGGAGGGAGACCAGGAUGGCGGGGCCCCGAUGGAGGACGAUGUUCCGCUUGCUGAUAUCCCGGCUGUUGACCCCGUUGUUCCUAUGCUUGAGAUUCCUACUGAUGAUGCCCUUGUUGUGCCACCUGUCGAGGCUCCUAUUGUGGAGGCCUUACCUGAUCCGUCCGUUUCCUACCCGCUUGAGUCAGCAUCAUCCGCCUCUAUUCACGCCCAGGACGUGCAACACUACUCCACCGACACUAAUUCAGACAUGGCGAUGUCUGCUGCACCCGUUGUUUUCCAUGACUUUGACCCAGAGCCUGAGGUCGAGUUUAUACCUGUUGAGCCUGCUCCAGCUGAUCCAGAGCUUGGAGUUGCACCAGAGCCUGUUAUCGCUCCCGACCCUAUUCCUGUUGAUGCACCAGUCGUUGCACCACCCGUCACUGAUGCACCCGUCGUUGCACCACUAGCUGCUGAGGUCCCAGUUGUUGCACCUAUACCCAACCCCAUGCCGAUGUUUAAUGAUCUUGCACCCUUCGCUACACAUAUUGAUCCGAGAUAUGCCGACACCCGUAACAGGUGGAUUGAGGAUGAUGACUAUCCUCAGUUUGUUCUACCCGUCACCCCACCUGCCGCACCUAUUUCUGCACUAGUCGAUGUUCCACUUUUUCACCCACACAUAUCUGACACUCACCGCACCGACUUACCCGCUACUUUUCUUUAG